CGGAGCAAAACAAAGAUGGCUGCAAGAAUGCUAUCCAUUUUUUCUCGAAAUUUUGCUGGCUUUCCUAGGGGUUUAUCCAGGAAUAAUCUAAAUAUUGUACGCGCGUUUUCGACGACUGACAAUGUACAGAAUGAAAAACUCUGGAAAAUUGGAAAGCUCAACCAUGUUGCAAUUGCUGUUCCAGAUUUAGAUAAAGCAACAAAUCUCUACAAAAAUGUAUUUGGAGCUCAAGUCAGUGAAUCUCAUCCUUUGCCGGAACAUGGAGUGUACACUGUKUUUGUUGAACUAGGAAACACUAAAAUUGAGCUAUUACAUCCUCUUGGUGAGAAGAGUCCUAUCGCAGGAUUUCUUAACAAGAACAAAAGUGGUGGCAUUCAUCAUGUAUGUAUUGAGGUUAAAAACAUUUACGAGGCAGUAAAAGAUCUCAAGGCAAACAAUAUUAGAGCUCUUGAUCCUGAACCAAAGAUUGGAGCWCAUGGGAAGCCUGUCGUAUUCCUGCAUCCAAAAGAUUGUGGUGGUGUGUUGGUGGAACUGGAGGAAGAAUAAGAAAUAUAGAUAAUUAUAUAAAGAAUGAAAUAUCUAACUUAUUACUGGCGUUGUAUUAUUAUUUUUUAAGAAAAUAGGAAAAAAUGUUAAAAGCACAGACCCUGGUGGUGUUACACUAGUUAAACUAAUAUGAUCAUUGUGUUUGAUAAAUGACUGAAGUCAAGAUGUAUUUUAAUACCAGUAUUGAUGAAUACAGUAUUAGAAAUAAAGAAAUGAUCUAAAGAAAAUCAAUGAAUUUGA